AAUAACAAUGAUUGAAAUUCGGAUGAGCACAAAGUCGCAAACUAAAAAGUCAAUUUCCACGUCAGACUGAAACAUAUUCCGGCCAAACGUCACCCACUUCUUCUCGUUUCGAUUACAUCUCUGAAUUCUGAUGUUGUCAAUUCCCUUUACAUUUCAUAUUCCGAUAUGAAUUCCCCCUUUCCUGAUAGGGAUACCACCUACACUAAGGUCUUCGUCGGAGGUUUGGCAUGGGAAACUCAGAGCCACACCUUACGUCGUCACUUCCAGCAAUACGGUGACAUCUUCGAGGCCGUCGUCAUCUCCGAUAAGAACACCGGCCGCUCUAAAGGUUAUGGCUUCGUGACUUUUCGUGAUCCUGACUCUGCUAGGAGGGCUUGUGCUGACCCUAAUCCUAUCAUCGAUGGUCGCAGGGCUAACUGUAAUCUCGCUUCCCUCGGCCGGACUUCUGCUUCUCAGAGAUCACCGAUUCCGCCUUUUGGAACCACGCGAUCCCCUAGGCCUGCAUAUCCCCAUCCGCUUCCCUAUGGUUACCAACCUGGGUUCUUUUAUCCUCCUUAUGGGUAUGCAACUUAUGGGUCUGAAUAUGUCUACCCUCAGGGCGUUUACAAUCCUUAUGGGGGUCAGCAUUAUAUUCAGGUAUAUGGCAUGCCGGGGACUGUUAAUCCUGGGUUAAGCUCACGGGGACAGUUUGGCCAACCAAUUCAUGGCUAUACCACUGCUCAAAAUUAUGGAAUGCCAGGUCAUCAAAUUGCGCAAUUUGGUGGACUUGCCACUAGAACAGCCACAGCUGCCUUUCCCUCAUCUCAGGCACCACACCUUUCAGACUUGUGUUCCUUGUUCUCUAGGAACAGGUACGCCAGAUUCAGGACAGGCACAGAUAAUAUUGUCUGCUAAUUCUCCUCAAUUCACUAGCAGUUCCGAUCAAACAGCUAAUUGAGUGAUUGACAGGUAUCCUUUUGUUGCAACGGGAUUAAGAAAAUUUAGUCUGAUUGGUUUCAAAUGUCAGCCUUGGAAGUUGUUAUGUUUCAUUGUAAAGGCCAUCCAUAAUCUUCGUCAUUGGAGAGAACGCAAAGGAAUGUGGGCAGUGGGACGUCAGAAGUAAGGAACAUGCAGAAAUUUGAUCUUUGUCUAGUGUUUUGAGAUUCUGUUCCUGCCAUGGCUUCCGGUCACUGGUAGGGGGUAAUAGAUGAUAAUGUACAUAUGUAAAUUUGUAAAUCCCACAACUAAGAAUCAAAACGUGAUUUUUUCAGUUGUCUGGAUCCAGGGUGUGGGUCCAUGCUCAAUUACUAAAUUGGUCGGCUGCAGUCUAAGCAGCCCUAUGGUGUAAAUACAUAUGGUUGUACAGUUUCUGUAAAUAGCAUUUAAGAUAUUAUUCA